CUUAUGAUGAUGAUCAAUUGCAUCAGAAAUUUGAAAUUUACCAUCAUCAAAUUUACCAUCAAGUUUUUAGUAACAGAAAUUCCACAUCAAGAAUUAACAAAGUUAAUAACAAAAUUUUGUUUGUAGCUACCAUUGAUUCUAUUAUUCUAGUCCAAAUAAAAUAUUAGUCUGAAAGAGUAUUUUCUUCUUUAGAACAGGUAUUAACAAUGUUUUCAGCUCUGCGUCAAUAUUUCGACUGAAUAAUAAUUUUCCCCUUUGUAUAGAGUUUCAUCGUUAAUAAUAAAUUCAUGAAGAGAAAGAAUUUAUUAUCCCCCUUGAAAUGCAAUUUAUAGGAAAAGACAAUUUGCCUAUUAAUUCCUUACAUCCCUUCGGAACGUAAAUCAAUUUUAAAAGAGAACUUUCAAUACUUUGUCCUCAGAAAUUAUUAAUAGAAACUCAGAAAUUAUUAAUAGAAAUUUAUUAUCUAAAGUGGAGAGAAGACGACUUUUCUAAUUCUAUCUAUAUAAUACAAAGUAUGCGUCAAAUAUCAUGUCUACUUUUCACGCAACAGUUUUCUUUACCCUUUGUCCAUCAUUUCACUACAAAGUAUUAAAAACCAAUCGAACUAAAUUUUAAAUUUAAAUAAAAAAAGAUCUUAAUUUUAAAUUACAAUAAUUCCUUUGUUAUUAAAAUAAAAAUAUGCACACGGCGAAAAUUUCAUUAACUAUUUUUAAAUUUAUUGGCAUUUGGCCGGAGAAAAAUUCACAAGGAUUUUUUACAAUCUACAAUUUCUAUGUUUUCUUCAUAAUAACAACUUUAUUUGCAUUAAUUGUUUCAAAUUUAGUUUACACUCUAAAGCAAAAUUUCACGGCAGAUGAAUUUACGGAAAGUUUCUUUUUUUCUUCUGCCAUUAUAAUUGAUUGUAUCAAAAUAAUAGUGCUUUACAGGCAGCAUAAAGAAAUUUAUAAGGUAACAAAUUAUAUAAACGGAAAACAAUUUCAACCACGAGAUUCAAAUGAAAUUAGUAUACAAAAUAAAUUCUACAAUAUUGAAAGGUCAUCAACAAUAAUAUUGUCAUUUACUAUAAUUGCAACAUGUGUAUCAAAAGCAAUAUUUCCAUUUGUAAAGGGAUUGAAACCAUCGUCAUUUUUUCAAGCCUGGGUUCCUUAUGAUCUUGAAAAUAGAUUUUUCUUUUGGCUAACAUUUGUAAUACAAAAUUUUGGAUUGCUUAUAUGUGGACAAGCAACAGUUGCGUGCGAUACUUUUAUUCUAGCAUUGAUUUUGAGAAUAUGUGCCGAAAUUGACGUUCUAGUAUACAGAAUGGAAAUAUUUCCAGAAAUGUGUAAAAAAUCAUUUAUUAAUUAUUCGAAAACAGAAAAAAUAGUUCUCAAUGAAUGGAUCCAGCAUCAUGAGUCUCUAUACAGAAUAAAAGAUGAUUUGAACAAUAUUUAUAAUUUCGUAUUUUCCCUUCAAAUAAUUUUCACAACUCUUGUCAGUUGUGUUAUGACAGUUCAGCUAACGACGGUAAAAAUAAUAACGAUGAAAUUUUGGUCUGCGGUAAUGAUUUUAUCCGCUAUUUUAAUUCAAAUUUCUAUAAUGUGUGUCAGUGGAGAUUUGGCAAUAGAAAAGAGUCGAAAUAUUAGCACUGCAAUUUUUAAAAUUGAUUGGAUUUCACUAACCAGAAGUACUAAACUGAGUCUAGUACAAAUAAUUCUACGAACUAAUAAACCAAUCGAAUUUACAGCUGGAAGGAUAGUUCCGCUAUCAAUUGAUACAUUGAGUUCCAUACUGCGACUGGCAUAUUCAAUUUACAAUUGUUUAUCAAGGCACUAAACGUUAUGUCUUCUGCAUAAUUAUAUAGUCUGUUGUACAACAUUAGAACUACAAAUAAAAUUUAUUCUUGAAUUCCUCAAUUAAAAUAUGGAACAAUUGUAAAAAAUUUUCUUUAAUCCCUUAGAUUUUUUUUUUUAGCGAAAAAAUGGUUUUCGUGGAAAAUAAUUAUAGCUUUUAGCUGAGAAAUGCU